AGUUGAGUAUCUCUACAGACAGCACUAUGUAGUUCCAACUUUUAUAUACAAGUAGUGUAUGCUUAAGUGCAUGUGUUUCCUGAUGUUUACAAUAUUUCUAAGUAUUUACACAGUCCUUGCAAAAUUUUAAUUCAUUUAAAGUUUAUUACACAUUUUCGGAGUUGGAUUCUUAGAGAAGUAAUGCUCUCCGUUCAUGAAUUUUGACAUACAAUAUCAUGUUGGAAAUCAUUUGUCGUUGAAUCGUCAAGUAACCCAGUCACGUGAUUUACAGGUGCUACAAUGGUUUUGAAACGGAAAUUUUCUGCUCAUCAAUAUUUUGAAGAUGUUAGAAAACACAAUGUGACAGUGAUACAAUAUAUAGGAGAGCUCUGUCGGUAUCUACUAACAGUACCCGAGAGUAACCUGGAUGGUAAACAUAAAGUGAGAGUGGCUGUUGGAAAUGGACUGAGGGCAGACAUAUGGGAGACCUUCAAACAGAGGUACAAUAUUCCUAGAAUCUGUGAAUUCUUUGCGGCAACUGAGGGAACAGCUGGCUUUAUCAACCUUAGCAACAGAACUGGGUCCUGUGGCCGAUAUUCCCCUUUAUUGUACAAGCUGGACGUAUACAAGAAGUUGCUCGUUAAAGCAGAUAUCGAUACAGGGGAAGUGGUUAGAGAUAAGAAUGGACAUUGUAUACCUGUCAAAGUUGGUGAACCAGGCCUUCUUCUUGGGGCCAUUCCUCAAGUCUACAAGGACCAUCAGUUCUACAAAGGAGGCCGGGAAAUGAAUGAGAAGAAGUUGGUUAGAAAUGUUCUAGAAGAAGGAGACUGUUACUUCAAUUUUGGAGAUAUGUUGUCAAUGGAUUCGGAUUACUUUCUGUAUUUUAAGGACAGAAUUGGAGAUACUUUCAGAUGGAGGGGUGAAAAUGUUGCAACAUAUGAAGUUUCAAAUGUGUUGGCAAAACUCGAUGUCAUUCAUGAUGCGAAUGUCUACGGAGUGGAAAUUCCAGGUACAGAAGGACGAGCGGGUAUGGCAGCCAUUCAUUUAAACAAUAACAUGGCAAUCUCGCUAAAGAUACUAAAAGAUAUCUUCGAGCACGCAACGGGAAAUUUACCAAGCUAUGCCAGACCUUUGUUUCUAAGGUUUCCAAAAGAACAGGCUGUUACAACAACACUAAAACAACAGAAAACACAACUGAGAAAAGAAGGCUUUCACCCACAAGAUAUAGACGACCCGUUGUUUUACUACGACGAUCAAAAUAAAACAUAUUCACCACUUACUGUUGAAACUUACGGUCAGUUUCUUACAAAGUCGAGGCUCUAGUAAAAUAUUCAUUAUUAACUCUUACCCGGCUAAAUUUCUAUAAUGAACUUGUCCAUCUUUCAAUUUGGACAGAACCAUUAACCGGUAAAAGGGGCGCUUACCAAAAAUAUACUGACUGAACGGCUAACAGUGCAGAUCAUGAUCAGACUACACGGAUGUGCAGGCUGAUCUUGGUCUGCACUGGUCGCAAAGGCAGAAUCACUUGCCGCCAGCAGGCUAAGGUUACUUCAGAAACCUAUGAAAAAGCUUAUCAUAUUAUAUAAAUAUUUGAUACUUUAGAGAAAGUUCAUCAUCUUUAAUUGAUCUAUCUCUAUCAAAUCUCUACUGUGUGACUAAACGCUUUUGGGACUUUUUUAUUUACUUUUUAUGUAAUACUCGUAUAUUUCUGAAAAUAAGUACUAGAACUUCUCGAAUCUCAUUGUUUUUAUUUCUUAUUUGCUGUCAGUAAUCAAUGAAACUAUUGUCUAAAUUUUGUAACCCUUCAGUUGUACAUAGUGUUGGGCUUAAAGACCCACCACAACCUGGUGACCUACUUUUUUCCCCCACAUGAACUUCGUGAAAAUCAUUCUGGUAAUACUGAUAUGAUGCAGCUAUACUGCAUGAUGACAGAUGGACAAUUAAGGCCCGCCCUGAAUAAAUAUUUUCACAACUUAACCUGCAAAUUUAUUCAGUCAUUAUCACCAUCAUGGAAAUACAAAAGAAUACAGUUAUUUUGUGGCGCGUCUUUUACUGCUCACAUGUAGAGCUGAACUAUACUAACUCUCCUCUGGAAGACGAUUGACUUGUUCCUAGCUAUUAAUGGUUGUGCAGCAUGAGCGGGAUUGUAUGUACGUAUGCUUAUUAUAAGUUGUCACCAGUAACCUAUAUGAGCGACUCUUGCAGACGACUGUUGGUAAAGUUAGUGGGAGGAUAUUGCAUGAUACUGAAGAUGCUACAAUUCCAGAAGCUUCCUUGGUUCUUUAGCGUACCUGCGGUAAAGCACUCAUACAGGGGACUCUUGUCCCAAUGUUAGAGACAAUAUGAAUUUUGCCUGUAAAGGCCAAGGUCAUGGCUAUUUGGAAUUCUGUUUUUAGAACAGUCAAAACGGCAGCCAUGAAAACAAACAGCUAUUAAGUUUUUAUUGCAGUCUUCAUACAUGUUUAUGUG